AUGUCUUCUUCACUUCAUGAGUUUGCUCAUUUACAUAUCCCCCUUGAAGAUAUAUCGUUAGCCACCAGGAACUUUGCUGAUGAAAACACCCUUGGAGUCGGACUACAUGGAGCUGGAAAGCUUUACAAAGGACAACUUAAGUGGUCCGGUCAAUUGAUUGACAUUGUUGCACGAAAGUUAGAAGGUAUAUACAUGGAAGCAGAGAUUGAGUUAUGGACAGAAAUUUCAAUGCUUACUAGUCUGAAUCAUAAAAAUCUGGGGUCUAUUGUUGGUUUUUGCAAUGAGCAUGGUGAGAAGAUCAUCAUUUACAAGCAUGCACUUCAUGGAUCUCUCCACCAAUAUCUAAGUGAUCCAGAACUCACAUGGCCUCAAAGGCUGAAUAUAUGUUUAGGUGUUGGGCGUGCUUUGAGUUACAUCCAUUGUGAUGUCAUACAUUGUGACAUCAGUAGCUAUAAAAUUUUAAUAGAUGAAGAUUGGGAAGCCAAGGUAUUUGGUUUUGAGCUUUCCACAAAAUACCCUGGAAGUUUUGUGCAUCGUCUUCUUGUUUCUCGUUAUGUUGAUACGUCUCCCUACAAAGACCCCAUGUACAGAAACACCCUAAGUUUGACACCCAAAUAUGAUGUUUACUCUUUCGGGGUGUUAUUGUAUGAUGUCCUUUGUGGGGGAAAACCAAUGAGUAGAUACGAUUGUAUAACGGAAAAUUUGGAUGAGAUCAUCGAUCCUAAUCUAAGAAAACAAAUGGACACUCAAUCCUUGACCAUCUUCUUAAAAGUAGCUUAUAACUGCUUGAAUAAAGCUUGUGUGCAACGUCCAAGUAUGGAUCAGAGUGUCAAAGAACUUGAGAACGCGUUGGAAUUUCAAUGCAAUCCUGAAAAUCUUGUAAGACUGUUGGUUUGCUGGUUUGUUUUCUUUCAUCCUUCUGUAAUAUACUAG